AUGCCAAACCGCGCAGACUACCAACCUCUUUCUCAGUCUGCUGAUGACGAUGUCGAACAGCAACAAAGUGGCAGCACUAGCGGGGCAGGUCCGUCGUCGACCACGCCGGUGUCAAGAGGGUCCAAGGGCCUCAGGAGGAAGGGCAGACCUGGUCCUAUAGAUCUCAAGAAACUUGACGUUGCCUUCAAGAGAUGGACGGAGAGUAUAGCCCAGAAAGUAAAGGGCAAGAAGAAAGUCCAGUCCGACGAUUCGCGCAAGGAAAUUCUAAGAAGCGUGUUCGAGCCUCAAAUACCUGCCCAACUUCCUCCACCGACUGUGGUCAAGACUCUAGAUCACAACCCGCCUAUGUCACAGGCCGACUUUGACAAGAUCGUAAUGUCCGUCCAAAAAGCCAUUUCAGAAGGGAUCCAUCCGAAGAUGAUCUCCAAGGGCUCGUCAGGUUCGUACUUCGCACGAGCUAAAGUGGAUGGAAGAAUACAAACUGUCGCUGUUUUCAAACCGAAGGAUGAAGAACCCUAUGGACGUCUGAAUCCGAAAACAACUAAAUGGCUGCAUCGACAAUUCAGAUGGAUUAUCCCUUUCGGCAGAGCUUGUCUCAUACCGAACUUAAGUUAUAUAUCUGAGGCGGCUGCCUCUCUCUUAGAUGACCGCUUAAACCUCAAUAUUGUACCCAAGACUCAACUAGUCUCGUUCUCCAGCCCCGCCUUCUUUUAUGAUUGGCUAGAUCGGAACGCCGCAAAGAAAGGUAAACCGUUACCUGACAAGAUCGGUAGCAUGCAAUGCUUCAUGCACGGUUACCAAGAUUCAUCUGAUUUCCUUCGCAAACACCCAUGGCCUGGUCGAUCAAUACGAGAUACAUUCGAUGAUUCCACACAUCGCACAGGGAGGUUUGGCAAGCGCUUCCUCUCAGCUCUUAAGGUUGUGUGUGGAAAGACGGGCGCCGAAGAAGAGACGAAUGAUUUGUAUGAUUUCGACGAGGAGCGCGUUUUAUAUGACGUGAGCGAAGAUGAUGGUUCGAGUCAUCCUUUCUAUUGGAGUGCUACGUUGCAGCAGAGUUUUAGAGAGGAGCUGGAAAAGCUUGUAAUUCUAGACUAUAUAAUGCAUAAUACUGACCGCGGGGCGGACAACUACAUGAUCAAAUACUGCGAAGGCGAACACGAGAAGUCCCUGGUUGACGUAGCACCUUCGCGGCACAACUCCGUUCAAAUGCCCAUGAUGGGCGAGCUCCGCAAGGAGGGCCUGAUUUCCACUCCGCCAAUGCCUUCCAUGGGUAUGCCUUCGGGUGGUUCUUCAUCGUCCACUUUUCUCCCAACACCUCCCCAACCCUCUCGCACACCAAGCUACACACAACAACAACAGGCACAAGCACAAGCACAAUCGCCGCCCUACACGCGUUCCCCGCACAUUCAUAUCGCAGCUAUUGAUAACUCACUUGCAUUCCCGCAUGAACAUCCGAGAGGAUGGAGGUCAUAUACGUAUGGAUGGUUGUAUUUGCCUGUGAGUUUAAUUGGGCAGCCGUUUAGUCAGAAGACGAGGGAUCAUUUCUUGCCGAUGUUGACGAGUAAGAGUUGGUGGGAGGAGACGACGUUUUUGUUGAGGAAGGUGUUUGCAGUGGAUCCGGAUUUUAAUCGGAAGAUGUUCCAGAGACAACUAGCGGUUGUGAAAGGCCAAGCAUACAACGUCGUACAAAGUCUAAAACACGAUGACGAAGGUCCACUCGAGUUAACGCGUCGACAAAAGGUUCUCGUAUGGGAUGACGAAGUGGAAGUAAAGACUGCAGACGAUGCGAUUACGGAGCUCCUUGCUGGUCCACUCUCAGCAUCUCCCAAGCCGUCGGUGAAGACGCUUCCUGUUACCCUACCGACGCAUCGGCGUACGCUCAGCCAGGGAGCAGUCGACGGUACUGCUCCGCCCCUUACAACGUCGCAGUCAGGACAGGAGUCAGGACAAGGACAGGGGCAGAGACAACAGGGCGGACGAGGACAAGGAGGGAGGUGGUUCCCUCCACCUGCGAAACGAAGGUCACCUAACGCACGUCCUGUACCGUUCUUGACGAAGUUGCCGCGUGUACAUCCCGGUACGAGUGGAGUGACUGUGCUGGAGCAUAUGGAGCGCGUGGAUGCUGUUGAGGCGGGGUUGAGGAGGUUGGCGGUUGAUGAGGGGGUUAUUGCUGAGGAGGACGAAGAUGACCUUGGAGAUGGAGAAAGAGAAAGAAGAGGAGGGGAAGGAGGAGAAGAGGAAGUAGACGUCGGGACUGUCAAUCAACGGAACCGACCUUCUACAAUUCGCGAAGAACAAGAACACGAAGGCGAAGGAUCAGGCUCACGUACCCCCACAGCAGUAGCAGCUUCACCCGCCUCCUCCCCACUCAUCUCCCCUACAAGCGAAGUCCCUCCUCCUUCCAGCGCCGGCGGCCAUGGUCGCGGUCAUUCAGAAGGACGAGAUUCCCUCUCAUCAUCGAUGACAGAAGAAGACCUCGUCGCGAUGUCUUCUUCCAUGUCCGCAAUGGACAACAGUUUCUUAAGUCCGGGCGCGUAUAAUAUGAGUACGAGCUUGAGUGCUAGUAUGACGGGACAUAUACGAUUCGGGUCGCAGGAUACUCCGGGGGCUGGGGGGUCGUCUACGAGACCGAACUUGGAUUGGAUUAGGGAGGAGGAAGGGGAGAGGAAGAGGGUCAUGAUUAGUGAGCGUAUUGAAACUGUUGAGGCGAAAGCGCUGUUGUCGUGUUGGUAG